GCAUAUCAGAAGUUAGGGCAGCGCGUAGGUGUCCUGUGGCAGCGCGGUCGCGGCUCACGUGUGGUAGCCACACACAGGGGAAUUCAAAGCUUUCUUUGUGUAAAGCUCUAGUUUAUUGAAACCACACAGCUUGUGCCAAGCGGUUCGUCACACCUGCACGAUGCACCAGAUGGAAGUUACGAUGCAGGAUGGUGGGAAGAAUGUCGAGGAACGUGCGGGCGCUACCGGCGUUUGUAAGCGAGAUUUCUACAAGUUCGGCGAACACGUUCGGAUGGAGGAAGAUCAACGCAUUGAAUUCAAGGCACACAAGGACAUCUCCAUCGAAGAGCUGUCGCCAGCUUGCAAGGACCAGCACUCUCGCCAGACAAUCUCAAGAACUAUCUGUGCCUUCUUGAACACUGGGAGAGGUGGGACUAUAUUUCUGGGAAUCCUUGACAAUGGUGAAGUCAACGGUCUCCAUCUCACAGAAUACCAAAAAGACCACUUGGCAUUGAGUCUUGAAACCUUGAUGCAGCGGUACAAGCCAGCUGUCCCAAAACACAUGUACGAGCUGCGGUUUGUUCCAGUCAUCUCUGAGGGUGUGCCAUUGCCAACAAACGAAAGACGCGAGAUGAACAGCAAGGAGAGGUUCAGGCCACACAAAUUGCAGUGUUCGAAGCCAUGCUGGUGUGACGAUGAAGCUACUGCUCAGCUGAGUGUUUGCACUUUGCAAGAUGUCAUCGACAUAACCCGUCAAGAAGUUAAAAGUUACUACUGCUCCAAGACAGACAUUCAAAAGCCCCUAGAGGAAACUUCGACGAGCACAGCAUAGCAUUAGGUAGUACGUUGCAUUGCCAGUAGAGCUUGACAUGCCCCACAUGUGAAGGAAAAGGCCUUGAGGAAGAUUUGCAGCAGUACUUCAAUCAGAUAUACUUGAGCACAUUGCUUUCUGGGGCAUUGAAUAUUGUGCUUCGAAUUUUUAUGUUGCAUUCCAUUGUAUAUGUUCCUUGGCACCAGUCUGACCCGGUGACCUCAGUCUUAUUAAAGGAUUCAUAUUAAGAGGUGGCUCUGUGACAUUUUGACUUAAGUAUAAGAAUAUAAGCGUAUCAUUACUGAAACCAAUAAGCAACAGUAUACCGCAGAGUGUGACCAAUGUCACCACAAGCUAGUCUGGCCUACUCAAUAGUACUCUUUAAGUGUUGAAAUUCUAGUCUUAGGUUCCUAAGCAUAUAGAUUUUCGAAACCUAUGCUGCUCACAUGUAAAAAAAAGGAAAAUAACACCACUUCUUCAUGCUUCCAGGAGUCUGUUUCUACAUUGUUAACUUGCACAAUUUUGUGCUGUGAUGAUGGAAGUAGCUUGCAAAUGGCAGUUGUCCUUAUGAAGUGUGCAAUUUUCCCAAAAUGCUUAUCAAAUUGUAACGUACAAUGCAUUUAACAUAAAUUUGGCAUAUCUUAUUUUUCACAUUAUAUAUUUUUACCUCUUGUGCGAUGUUGUGUUGUGCAAAAUGUAUAUUUUGGUUUGCUUUGAAAGGACUGUUCACUUGUAAACCAACAUAAGACCUCCAAAUUUACACCCCUUAUAUUGUAAAUGCACAUUAUUUAGUAUAAUUAUUUUGUAAACCACAGAUAAUGUGAUUUAAGGAAAAAGAAAUUUUGGUUGUUUACAAGUGUGACCACUUAUUAAACCUCACAACUCUACUUACCCAACAGUCUAGAUUAUUCAGAUCAUCUCCACAAAAUCAACAAGGCGAGGUUUCUAUAUUGUACCGUUGAUUUUAAGUGGAACUUCAGUGCAAGUGCCUGAUGACAGUGCUUCUGCCGAUUAAGGUAGACAUUAUUACUAAAUACUAAACAUAUUGUGUACUUCUUCUAUCACCUUGAGAUUCCUGCAGUGUCUGCAGUACUGCGAACUCACCUUUUCCUCAGCAUCUCCGUUACGUACUUCUUCCCCCGACUUUCUCUUGCCACUGAACGCAAGGAUUACCUUGGGGUUGUCGGUCAUUGCCGGCAAAAAACGAGUUCGCUUGGAACGUGUUCAUGAACUUCUUAAAGAACUAGAGAGUUGUGCAUCAAAACGAGAUCACAGGUGUGAAAUAAAAUAAUGUUUUGUGU